CAAUCGUCAGGGUAACAAGACGUUGAAAAUGUAUCCGGUUCAAAUACAUCCAAAAAUUGAAAAAUUAAUUUCCUUUUUUUAUCGAAUUGGUGUUUGGAGUGGAGAAAAUGAGGAAACUGGUCGUGGAACGAUACUGAAGAUAUUUUAUUCGCUUUAUUUUUCACUUGCAGUUAUAUCAGUGAUAAGUGGAGCGUUUCUAAGCGAUAACAAAGAUGAGACCAUAUUUCUCACACAAAUUUCCAUAAAUUGUACGGUUUUGCUGGUAAAGCUGGUGUAUUUAAUUUGGAGGAAAUCAGAUAUAUUGGAACUGAUGCAUCAAGUAUGCACAUUUUAUGUCGAUGAUCGCGAGGAGCUCACACUAGUCAACGAUAAGUUGAACAACUUGUUAACAUUCUCCGUUUUUGUUUUCGGUUCGGUGAAUUUUGCUGAAUUUAGUUCGGUCGUUAUUGUGCCCAUUAGUGCACACAAUGAGAGACAAUUAUUUUUCAAUAUUGGGUUUCCAUUGGAUUACAAAAAUAGUGAUUUAGCGUAUUGGUUAGCCGAUUUAUACUUAGCUACCGGAAUGAUUUUCGUGACAAUUGCAUUGUUUUUCUCCGUAAUUGUUUGGUAUUUAAUGGCAAACUGUGGGUUACGAUACAAAUUACUGGGACAGCAAAUCAAAUAUACAGGAAUUAAAACAGUUAAAGGACGAUCGGGAGAUAAGCGACAAACAUCAGACAGCUUGUAUCGGCAAGACUUGAAAAAUGCAAUUGCAAAACAUCAAACUUUGGAGGACUUGACAACACAGUUGGAUUCGUUUUUAUCUAAGUUUUUCGGGGUACAAUUUGCCACCAGUGGCUUUUGUAUUUGUUGUUCGAUUUUCUGUAUCGUAUUCAAUCGAGGUCUGAAUUGGUUGGAGCAAAUAAUUCAAAUCGUUGUACUCGUUUACAGCAUUUUUGACAUCUUUAUGAUCACGUACUUUGGGAACCACAUAUUGUCUGAAAGUGAAAGACUAUCUUACUAUCUGUUUGAAUCAGAAUGGGUUAAUCAACAACUGUCAACGAAAAAAAUAGUUUUAUUGUUCGCCGAAUUUCUUAAUGAACCACGUCAACUGGUUAUUUUAAAAAUUUACCCACUCACUCUGGAAACAUUCAAACGGAUUAUGAACUCCGCUUAUAGCAUGUUCAACGUUUUGCAGAAUUUCAAAUAA